AUGUGUUCUUCAGAAGCUAGGGCGUACCCCAGAAGCGACGCGCAUUGUCCUCGCCCGGGCAAUGUGGCAAAUAUGCGAGGGCUACCGGCUAGAGGACGAAGCCGGCCAAAGAAGUUAGUCCGCCAUCGCCAGCAACAUCCAGUGCGCUUGGCAACACUUAACGUUGGGACGCUUACUGGAAGAAGUCGUGAACUGGCAGACAGUCUCAGAAAACGCCGUGUUGACAUAUGUUGUGUACAGGAGACUCGCUGGAAAGGCUCCAAGGCAAGGGAAUUAGGCGAUGGCUACAAGCUGAUCUACCACGGCACAUCAAAUCGCAACGGCGUUGGUAUCAUAUUGAACGAGUCGUUUAGAAAUAGCGUCACAGCGGUGGAUCGACUAUCGGAUCGCUUGAUGGCCGUAAAAGUACAUACAGGAGAAGUGGAAUUGCGAGUCGUCUCUGCUUAUGCGCCACAGAUGGGCUGUAGUGAAGAAGAGAAGGCGUGCUUUUGGGAAGAUCUGGAGCAGUACGUCCAAUCCCUGGAAAGCGAAGAAGUACUUCUAAUCGGAGGAGACUUCAACGGACAUGUCGGUUCCCGGAAAGACGGAUUCGAGAGUUGUCAUGGUGGAUACGGCUAUGGAGCUCGUAACGACGACGGGUUGCGAAUCCUGGAGUAUGCUGUCGCAAGUGACUUGAUCAUUGCUAACACGCAGUAUCGGAAAAGAAAAUCGCAUUUGAUCACGUACACCAGCGGCGGUCGUGAAACACAAAUAGAUUUCUGGAUGUUACGCCGACGAGAUCGCCGACUUCUGCAGGAUUCAAAAGUCAUCCCUACAGACCAUGUCGCUGCCCAACACCAUCUGCUCGUUAUGGACUUGAAAAUCUCCCGUCCAAGGAAGAGACAUCCAAGGACUGAAACACAGCGCAUCAAAUGGUGGAAUCUGAAGGAUCGAAAGGAGGUAUUUUUCGCCUCCGUGGCUCCAUCUACACUUCCCCACCCUACUCAUAGCGUGGAGGAAAUCGUCGUCUACUUCCAGCGUUAUACGCUUGACCGCGGAGAACACUCUGGGAAAGACGACUCUAGGACGCGUCAGCCUGAAGAUCGGGGUGCUUACCUAGCGGCGAAGAGGGAGGCUAAGAAGGCACUCUCCAAGGCGAAGUCGGACCGCUACAAGGCUGUGUACGACAUGCUUGAUACCAGAGGAGGCGAGCGGGCAGUGUAUCGUUUAGUCAGAGCGCGUCAUCGCUCAACGUUGGAUAUGGAGCACACCAAGAUCGUUAAGGGAGCUGGUGGAGCCGUUCUGCGCCGCUCUGGUCAGAUCCUGGAGAGGUGGCGAGAGUACUACAAUCACUUGUGUAACGAAGAGUUCUGUCAUCCUCCGAUCCCAACCGCUCCCAGUGUCGAGGGUCCUGUUCUACCAAUUACUGUCGUCAAAGUCAGUGCUGCCCUCGGAAAAAUGAAGUCGAACAAGGCAACCGGUCCUGAUGACAUACCUGCUGAUGUCUGGAAGCUGCUAGGAGAUCGAGGGUCCAUGUGGCUCGCAACUCUAUUUAACAAGACCGUUGCAGAAGGACGGACUCCAGACGUUUGGCAAACUUCCGUGACCGUGCCUGUCUGGAACUGUCUGGAAAGGGAAAGGAGACAUUGCUGA